CUGUACUAAUUUAGCGACUUAAUCUGUCCUUUUUUCUCUCAUCUCUUCGCUGGUAUAGCAGCACGCAAUUGUAUCUGUUAGCCACGAACCCGACUAAGUAGUUCCUUUGGCCGGGGAAGAAGAGCAAGCUUUGUGGCCAUGGCGGUGCCGACGGCGUACCAGGGCAACACGUCGGCGGCGGUGCCGGAGUGGCUGAACAAAGGGGACAACGCGUGGCAGAUGGUGUCGGCCACGCUGGUCGGCCUGCAGAGCGUUCCGGGACUGGUGAUCCUCUACGGCAGCAUCGUGAAGAAGAAGUGGGCGGUCAACUCGGCCUUCAUGGCGCUGUACGCCUUCGCCGCCGUCUGGAUCUGCUGGGUCACCUGGGCCUACAACAUGUCCUUCGGCGACAAGCUCGUCCCCUUCUGGGGGAAGGCCAAGCCGGCCUUCGGCCAGACGUUCCUCAUCAAGCGGGCGGCCCUGCCGGCCACGACCCACCUCUACCAUAACGGCACCGUGGAGACUGCCAUGUCCACCCCCUACUUACCCAUGGCCUCCGUGGUCUACUUCCAGUGCUCCUUCGCCGCCAUCACCGUCGUCCUCCUCGCCGGCUCCCUCCUCGGCCGGAUGAACAUCAAAGCCUGGAUGGCCUUCGUCCCACUGUGGCUCACCUUCUCCUACACCGUCGGCGCCUUCUCCCUCUGGGGCGGUGGCUUCCUCUUCCAGUGGGGCGUCAUCGACUACUCCGGCGGCUACGUCAUCCACCUCUCCUCCGGCAUCGCCGGCCUCACCGCCGCCUACUGGGUCGGGCCGAGGACAGCGAGCGACAGAGAGAGGUUCCCACCGAACAACGUGCUGCUAGUGCUAGCCGGGGCGGGGCUGCUGUGGAUGGGGUGGGCGGGGUUCAAUGGCGGGGCGCCCUACGCCGCCAACAUCGAUGCGUCCAUGGCGGUGCUCAACACGCACGUAUGCGCCGCGACGAGCCUCCUCAUGUGGACGACGCUCGAUGUGGUCUUCUUCAAGAAGCCGUCAGUCAUCGGCGCCGUGCAAGGGAUGAUGACCGGCCUCGUAUGCAUCACACCCGGUGCAGGACUGGUCCAAGGCUGGGCUGCCAUGGUGAUGGGGAUCUUGUCCGGGAGCAUCCCCUGGUUCACCAUGAUGGUGGUGCACCGCAGAUGGUCCUUCCUUCAGAACAUCGACGACACGCUCGGCGUCUUCCACACCCAUGCCGUCGCCGGCUUCCUCGGCGGCGCAGCCACCGGCCUCUUCGCCGAGCCCGUCCUGUGCGCCCUCUUCCUCCCCGUCACCCACUCUCGCGGCGGCGUCUACGGCGGCGUCGGCGGCGUCCAGCUCCUGAAGCAGGUCGUCGGCGCCGGGUUCGUCGUCGCGUGGAACGCCGUCGUCACCACCGCCAUCUGCGCGGCCAUCCGCUUCGUCGUCCCGCUCCGCAUGUCCGAGGACCAGCUCAAGAUCGGCGACGACGAAGUACAUGGCGAGGAAGCCUACGCGUUGUGGGGCGACGGGGAGGCGUUGGAGCUAACGACGCAUGGACCACCGAACUCCCAAUUGGAAUCGCAGCGUCCUCAUGUUCCUACUGGCGUGACCCAAAACGUUUGAAGUAUUUAAUUAGUUCUAUUGAUCCAUUAAUUGUUUUUACUUGAUGUUGGACACCGACACACGAAGAAACAUACAACAAAGAGCUUCUCAUGCAAUGAACUGCUUGUAGUGCAUCUGCAACAGUGUAUAUUUCCCUCGGAAUGAAACUGAUCGAUCCUCUAAAAGCCGUGUUAAGUUUCGAGUUGCAGUGAGGAAACGCUUGUGGGUUACAUCUUCCAGCCUUCUUGUCUUCACAAACUCCAGGAAAUUAACUGCAAGCAUUCACUGACCUCCAAUUACGGUGCACAAACACACGCUAUAAAUUCUCGAGCCGGGUGGCGAGGGAAGAAGCACAUCGUUAGCUAGAAAUGGAGAGGCACGUCCUCGUCUUCCUCGUCCUCUGCACAUGCUUUGCUUCCUCUGUUUCCUCGUACUGCGACGACGACUACGACUCCGACUCCAGCGCUCCUGUUGUAGACACAGCAGUCGCACCUGCGCCUGCGUCCUCGGCAGGUAGCUACAUCGCCGUCGUGGACUUGCCCAAGGGCGAGAAGCCACGGCACUUCACCAUCAGAAUCCUCGCCUCCAUUCUCGGCAGGUGACGUGAGCUGCUCUCUUCUUCCCCAUGACAUGGACUCCCAACUUUGAUUCUGGUCUCUCUUUGGUGAUGCUUCAGCGAGGAGGCUGCUACGAAAGCUUUGAUACGUGUCUACGACUAUGCCUUCUCCGGCUUCGAAGCACGCCUCAGUCCACGACAAGCCUCUGCACUAAUGAGUACGUACUCUCUCCUUGAGACCACGAUCGUGCUGCACUGUUCUUAUGGUCAUGAUAAGUCGCUGAUCUGAUGAUGCAGAGCAACCUGGCGUCCUUAAAAUCUUUCCCGAUAGCCAACUGGAGAUAUUCUAGCCUGAAUUCUGCGACGCGAUGAAGCU